UAUAGCCCUAGAUUGGUUGCCCACUCUUUGCUGAAUUGAGAAAUCAAAUUUCAGCACUGCGAAUUGUUAUGAGGCACAGAAGACAACACCCCAACUGAUGCAGAAGGAUAGCCAGAUCCCUUGGCUGCCGAGCCUGACAGGUCACAGCGGCUUUCCUGUAAUCGUCUUUCAAUAUGCCGCCGAAGCAGCGCACUCUGCCCUUGCUGCAACCUGGUUCAAGUCAUGAACGGGACGCUAAGCAAGAGCACGAAGCAUUUGAUCCCAAGGGCAAGCGAAAGACCGCUUCCGAAUCGGAAUCUGAAGCUUCAGCAGCCCAUGCAGUCCCUACAAAUGCCGCCCUUACUUGCAAGGCUCUUCUAGGAGAUAAAGUCUGGAACAUUGUUUCCGCCCAGGAAGCGGAGUUGGACCUUGAUGCCGUUGUUCUAAGGGAUCAUCCUGAGUUAUUCGGGAUCGAAGAAUACCUUUAUCUCCUGGUAGCGAUGAGGUGUAGUAUGGACGGGGAGCUUCGACUUCAGAGAGCAUGCAGCUGGUUGUACGCCCAUGUACGACAUUACCGAGUCGUUGGUGAGAGUGAGUACGCAGAGUUCCUGGACAACCUCGACGAUGAAGACUACGAUAAUCCGCUUGAACCAGCUUUAGAAGAACUUACGAGACAUUUGCAACUGGCUGGGACGCGUCAGCCGACGAAAGCAGCGAUAAGUGACGAGCAGUACGCCACGGCCUCGUUGGCCUUCUCGCUGGGGACCGAAUACCCAUCACCUUCCCGACCUCGCAAGAGUGAUCCUUCUCCCUCACUUGCGGGUGUGGAGGACACACUUCAACAAGGCUAUUACAUCAGGGACAGCAAGUUCUUCAGCCUGGGUCGUGUCUUCAUCACGCUAUGGCACGAGAAUGCGACACAUGGAAAUCGAUAUCUGAGAAAUGUUGGGACCACAAGUGCUGGUGUACACGGAGAAAAGAUAUUCAGCCAUAUCCGACGCUUCGCGGUCGUCCGAAUAGGGCGAGGAUUCUGCUGGGCAGUUCCGGUCAAUACCUACCGAGGCCAAGGCCUUACCAGGCCCAGUUUCAAGAACAAGGAGGAAGAAAUCAGAGCACAUGCUAUCAUCCACAUUGAGGGAACUGGGGCGGAAAUGCUGGAAGGAGAGCCAAAAAUGAUCAAGAGACCAAUUGUGGUUGAGAAUGCCGGAGAAGACAAGAGACUCGACCGUGCUAGUCGCAUUCGAUUCGAUAAAGUCUUCACUAUCGAGCACAAUGUCAGGGUCAAAAAUGUCGGCAAGAUCACUCAAGGCUCAAUGCCAUAUUUCCGGAGAUAUUGGCAGGAUCAAGCCAACGCCUCUAUCGACGCUAUGAAGGCACGCUGAAAGUGCUUCAUUGCCGAUGACUGCGUCGACCCAAACACAUUGGAUAUACGUUCUUGCUGCGAGAAGGCAACGCCAACACUCGCGGCAAUCAAGAGCUCAUGGUAGUCGUCGAUGGCAUGCUGGUGAAAACCAGAUUU